GUGUUGGUUGGGAGUGAACGAAUUUCCAAGUAUAGGCUUCAUAUGGAAAGAAAACGACUUGAUACCCAGAAAGUGAAGUUAUGUUUGCACAAAUCAAUCUGGAGAUGAAAGUAGAGUGGGGUCUCAUCAUUAUUCAUUAAGUAAUAAGGAGACGGUUCUGUGAUACGGAGUAGUUGGUUAGCGUUAGCGGGGCAUUUAAGGAGCGGAUGAAAGAGUCAAACUUGAUACGGAGUAUUCUGCAGUACGUACACAUUCGUCCAUAGCAUUUAUUGAAACCUCCCAACUCCCAUGAUCCCCAUCCAUCCCCUACUACUUAGUACUUCAUCCUUGUAAGUUGUAAAACAACUCUAUAAUCCACACCCAACACUUGCAAGUUGCAGACUCACCUUGAAUGACCGCCUUUGUAGACAAAACCAUGGGUCAAGAAACCGGGCAUCCAUCUCAUCCGAAACAGAGACCAAGGAGGUGUAAGGUUGCUGUUCUGGCAAUCCUUAUACUCCUGCUAGCAAUAAUACUAGUUGGGUUUAUCGUAGGAGUAACAGUUUUUAAGGUUAGAAGUGCCAGGACACAGGUGGCGUCUGCUUCGCUUGAUGGCGUGGCUCCCAGGAUCUCUUUCCCAGCCAUUAAGGUUGAGCUAAAUAUCACUCUCAACCUCACCCUCCUCAUUCAAAACCCUAAUCAUGCCAGCUUCAAAAGCGGGGAGGGAGAGGGUGUAUUGCUGUAUCAGGGAAACCGGGUUGGGGACACUCGUCUUCAUCCUGGGCAGAUUCCAGCCAGGGGUACCUCCACUUUGAUUUGCCUUCUCACUGUCGAGGUUGAUAAAUUUGCAGAUUCAGGACCAUCAUCUCUCUUCACCGAUAUAGCAGCUGGACAGCUAGUCCUGGAAACCAACACCAGGAUCCCGGGCAGGGUUACUUUUCUUGGAAUCUUCCAUAAACAUAUUGUUUCUACCUCCGAUUGCCAGAUUGUCAUUGGAUUUCCAGAUCUCAACAUCAAAAGUCAAGACUGCAAGAAUCACAAUAAACUUUGAAUCCCUCCUAUCACUUUUUGUUUUUGCUUCUGUUCAUUUCAUAUUACACUUUUCCAGUCUACUGUAUAUAAUGUCAUAAUUAUACUUCAUGGCACCUCGUACUGUAUGAGAGAGACAUCAUUUUUCUGA